UCUUCCUUUGAAAGAAUAAUAAAACUUUCCCAUUUGUGUUAUCGAAGUCUAAAAUAUAAAACGUAAUGAAAACAGACAAUACAUAUUAAUGUAUUGUCAAUAUUUCAGGGUUUUCAAUACAAUUUAUCGGCAGUAUUGUAUUGAUAACGUCUAUUGCGAAUGAAUUUAUAAAUUUGAAAAUGUUAAAGUAUAAUGAUUUGGGAUCAGUGUUUAUUAACAACAUAUAUGUAUGCAUACUGAUCAUGAAAAUUCUGAAAUAUUGACAAUAUAUAUUGAUCAUCCGUGAUCUGCAUAACACGCAUGGUGUUAUAUCUAUUCCGACCAUAACAGCCAUUAGAGUUUGUAGAACCCGGUGCAAAAGUCGAUAUUGAAAACAUGUAUAAUACAUUAUCGUUAUAUUGUUACGCUCCAUAACGCAUACACAUCAUACCGUCACAAAAUUUGAUAUCUGAAUUAUUAUACACGAUUUAAUUAAUUUUUAUAAAAUUCUGAAGUUUCUACACGUGGUUCCCAGAAUAAGUGCCCCGCCAGCCCCACGCUACAGCGUUACUGAUCCUGACACUGAACGCGAAAUAAACGGAUGCACUUUCAUCCAUGUGGGUGUAGAACAUGUAGACUAUUUUGACGGGGAGAUCACGUGAUUAAAUACUUAGUCGCCCGCCAGUAUUGCUGUCGUCGUCCGACCAUCCGAUACUAUGCCACUAGCUGUAGAUACGCAGACUCAACCGUUCCAUAUCUCUCGGAAGCAAGCGCGGUCUGAACGAGAUCUGUGACGUGCGUAUACAUAUAUACAUGUAUCGCACACUAACUUAACAGAUAUCAGAGUACGAUAGAAACGAAACUGCUAACGUGGUAGAAUACGGAGCGCGGUAGGAGGCCAAGCGUUACGCUGGCUUGGUGGAAGAAGCGGUGUUAACGAGGGGGUAUAUAUAGUGAACUUUGUUUAACGAUGUGAUGCUUGUUAGUAUCGAAACUGUGUAGAGUUUACGAUAACAAUUUGACGUUAGAAAAACAUGAGUGUCCUAGACAUAACAAAACACAUACAUGAAAUUGCACGAAAUUGAAAAUACAAAGUUCUGUAUGGUUACAGAAAACAUACAAUGAUAUGCAGGCCCUCUAAGGCUAAGGGCGCCGUGCUUUCUCCUCGUGUUUACAUACGCGUAUGUGUGUGCAAAAAAAACAGCAAGGUGGAGUAUUUGUACCGCAAAAAAGACAUAUUGAAGGAAAGAAAAGAGGGUGGGAGGGAGGAAAGAAGGGACAGAGAAUACAAGCAGCGAAACGUCUUGCUGUGAGAAACGCGAGUACACGCGCUAGCAUUUAAUUAUAUUAGCAUCACGUAUCGACUACGGAUGACCGCGGUGUGGAUAAUCAGCAUUGAUUCCACGUUGUUCGCAAUCGACAUCGAGCAAUGCCAUAAAAAAAAUGCGCAUUUAUCCGAGUGGUUCUUCGUUUCUCGUUUGGUGCGCGAUCAAUACGUCACUUUAUCGCAAUGUGCUAAGUCGAUCCGUUAUUUUACGAUGUUACUUAUGAUGGUGAUAAUAUUCAUCGAUCGAACGUAUCAUCAAUUUUAUUAUUGUGACAAAUAGUAAAGUCAGUAGAUCCAUCUUUUGUUAUCGUCGUGUUGAACGACGGUAACAACGACAGUGGUGUCAGUGUAGUGACAGUGGCGACGACGGUGGCGGUGAAUGUGACGGCGGCGACAGCGACAGUGGUGGUAUUAUUCAUUUAACGGGAGAUCGUACUCAUCAUCCGAUGAGUUUUCGUUUAUUCUGCGCAUGUUGGCUCUGAUUGGUUCGGAUACAUUUCGUAACUAAGAGCAACGCGCAUGUGUAUUUGCGAUUUUCGUGGCAUUAAAAAUAUCUGUAGCGGUGGCGGUGGCGGUCGAAUGGCGGUCGCGGUGGUGAUCGUGAUAGCGACUAUAUCGACGGUAGUAGCGAUAAUAUCGAAGACAGUGACGAUAGAAACAACGGCAGUGAUAUGCAUCAGCUGAGAGAAUACUUCGUAUUAAAAUAACACGAAAGAUGGAAAAAUAUGCGGAUGAGAUCGAUAAAAGAUAGAAAGGGAAAAAUGAAUCGUGAUUAACCGUCACUUGGGUGUUUACCAAGAAAACUGGUAAAUAAAUCAAGUGUAACGGGUGCAAGAUUGAAAAUUGAAAAAAGCUCCCAAUUAUAGGUUGGUUAACGUUAGUGGUGAUACAUCGUUUCGCUUGUUUCGAACAAAAACGAAAUUAUCAUGUGCAUGGAAGCGACGUUGCGAUGGACAAUAGAUUGCGGAUAAUAGACAAUUGAGCGUAAGGGAAACAGACUUGGAAAACACAUGAACAGGUUAAGUUUGUACUCGUCUCGCGUGCCAAAAAGGAAGCAACAAGAAUACUUGUUAUCUUCGCUUACAGCGUUGUUUUCUGCUUCUGGGUUAAAUGAACAGUACGUUGAAGUGAGUGCACGUGGGUGUUAAUACACCUGUGUUAUUAAUCGUAUAAAAUAGCGUGGUAUGUCACAGGUCGUCUCAGAUAUUUCGUGCAACGGUCAAACCUGCUAUACAUUUGAAUCUUUGCACGCGCGACACGAAUAAUGGAGACGUUAUUGCCCGGUAAUACGAACAAUCAAUCGUAUAGUCCACAACUAAAGACGGUCUUAAAGACAUAUCAACUGUCUGCUGUGAAAAGCUUACAGGGUCCUAGUUCGGCCCUGCUUGGUAUGGACUGCAAGAGUUUAUUACAAGAACAAACAUCUUGUUAUUCUCCUUCGACUCGAUCAAACAACUGUGUUCUUGAUUCAGCAACGGAGCAGGCCAAAGAUAUUGAAAAGAAUAACAAUCCAUCUGUAACACCUGUUAUCCCCUGUAAAGUUCGUAGAACUGAUCAGCCACUUGAAGAUUCUGAUGAGGAUCCCCAACUGGAACGAUCAAAAAAUAUUUGUGAAAAAAGAGAAUUGGAAUUUCAGAUACCUAUCUUAACUGCACCUGACCAAAGUUGUUCUGAAAGAUGUGAGACAAUUUUGGAAGGUGAAAGAAUCUCCUGUUUUGUUGUUGGAGGUGAAAGAAGGUUAUGUUUACCACAGAUCUUAAAUACAGUUUUGCAAGAAUUUUCUCUUCAACAAAUUAACCAGGUCUGUGACGAGCUGCAGAUUUAUUGUUCACGAUGUACGCGAGAUCAGUUAGAAGAACUGAAGCAUUCGGGAAUCUUACCACGUAACGCUCCUUCCUGUGGCCUUAUCACUCAAACAGAUGCCGAAAGGCUUGUCAGUGCUUUACUUUUACGGACAGAAUCGUGUGAUCCUCCUCGAAUCAGUCAGAAUCAAGAUAAUGAGAAAAAGAUGUUGAGUAUAAACGAUAGCGAUGAAGAAUCUAUUGUCAAAUUUAAAGUGUACCAUGAGUGUUUUGGGAAAUGUAAAGGCAUUUUUGAUGCAAGUUUGUUUGAGUCUGAUAAUUCAGUGUGUGUAGAGUGUAUUGAAUGUGGUUGCCAAUUUUCACCACAACGUUUUGUGAGACAUGCUCAUAGAUCUCUUGAAAAUCGUACUUGCCAUUGGGGCUUUGAUUCUGCAAACUGGCGAUCAUACUUGUUACUUUCACGAGAUCAAGAACAUUAUAACAAGUCACUUACUUUGUUUCGAGAACUGAAGGAAAAACAUCUUACAUUGAGUUCUAAAAGGAAAUCAGAGUUGCGGCAUGAUUCAGAAAAAUUAUCUAAGCGAAUAAGAAAAGAUGUUGGAAGAGAUGACUGUCCUGGAAUUUAUAAUGGAAAUGGCUUAGGCAUGUAUCAUCCUGUAUCUCAAGUAGCUAAUGCGACUGAUCCAUAUCUGCAAAUGCAAUGGGCAGUUUUCGAAUUAGCAGCUAGAGGAGCAUCAGCUUUUAGACCUUGGAAUACUACGAAUCCUUGCAAGCAUAAAGAUAGUGUAUCAUUUUCUGUGAAUAGUUCAUCGUUGGUGCCUGCGUACCUUAGUAGAGGUCCACCUAUAUUGCAACACCCAGAACGUGUGGUUCCUCUUUCCGAGUGUAAACGUUUUGAACCACACUUCCAACCAAAUGUAGCCUUAGCACCUAUACCUGCACCAUCAGUGCCUGUAGUACUUCCACCAUCUGCUCAUCAUCAACGGCGACACCAUCACGAACAUAAACGUUACAAUCAUCACUUAUCAAAUCCCAAUGAAAAAAAAGAGGUUUCGUCAGAUAGUGUCAAACUUGAAAAAUCUCCUAGUUCUGGAUCUGGUAUUGGCACUUAUUCUGCGUUCCCUACGUACACACAUGAAGGUGAUAAGAAAGAACUGCCUCAAAAAAGUAAACAGGAUAUUGGAGAGGAAGAAGAAAGUAGUGCUGCAGUGACAUCUUCCACAAUAAAUGUUGAACCACCUUUAGCUGAAAUUGGAACUUCUUCUUUGGAAAGUGAUUCUGAUUCAGAAGGAACAGCAGCAAUGGAUUUGGAAGAAAGAUUAUUAGCUUUGGAGGUACCACAAGAUGUUCUAGAAUUGGCACGACGUAUAGUUUCAGAGAAUGUACAAUUACGACGUCAUCGACGUUCAGAUGCACGUGAAAUAUCUCGAUUGCGUAAUCAAUUGCAAAUACAGCAAAUACAAUCAUCUAAUGGUGAUGAUAAAAAGGAAGAACCGGCAAAUGCAAGCGUAGCAGAUAGUACAGAAGGUAGCGAAGAAACAGAAGCUAUAGUACCAUCAAGUAAUAAAGAGUCUGAAUCUAUUGUUCUAGCAGUUAGUAAAGAGUAAAAUCAAUGACUAGAAUUUUUUUUAAUUAUUUAAUACAAAACUGCUCAGCAAUUUUUGCAACGCUCAUCUUUUGGCUAGAUAAGCGUGCAUUAAAUUUAGUACUAGUUAUGGUAAUGAUAAAUUCUAAAUGAAUAAAAACUGUUUAGGUUAUGUGAUAUAUAGAGAGCCUUUAACGUUGUAACGAUUGAUUUGAAAAUUUUAAUUGUAAUCGUAUUUCAUUGUGUCGAUUUUAAUUAAAAUCAAAUGUAGAUAUUGUAAUAUAUGAAAAAAGCAAACUAAGUUAACCAAAAUUUAUCACAUCAUUUAAUGAUUAUAUUUAAUGGUCAUUGCAUAAAUUUCUCGUGCAUAUUAAAUAUGCAUAUGUCACAAAGAUUUUUAUGAUCGUUUGUUUAAUUGUAAAAUUAAACAAAGAUCGGGAAAUAAGAGAUUAAAAUUGCUUUUCAUUUACUUUCUUUUUAUAGUCAUGAUUGCAUAAUGUAAAUAUGUCAAGUAUCAUAGAUGUAUGAUCAUAUUAAUAAUAUUGUCAUGCAAAAUAUUGCUAAAGUACAAAAAACCUUUAGGUGCUAUAUUGUUAUAUUAGAAAUGUUUUAAGCAUAAAUCUAGGUGUAUUUCAACAGUUCGUACUACCAUAAUGUCAAGAUCUUGAUUACAUUUUAGUUAUUAUCUUUAUGGCGCUGAAUGAAAGUGAAAUAUUAUUUUUCACUGGCAAACUCAAUUUGAAUGAUUAUUUAUAAAUAAAGUAAGUUAAUUAUUUAAAUGUUUGAAUAUUGUAAAAUUAUUAUUAUUCAAGUGAUAUUAGUGUAAACCAUGAAAAUUUAACUUAUAUAAACAAUUGAUAAUUUUUU